AUAUUUAAUAAAAAAUGUAAGCAGCUAUGAUUGCUCCAAAUAAGGUUUAAAUAGGGAUAUAAAAUUAAAAAUUAGAUAUUUUUGAUGAUGGAAUACAACUCUAAAAGGCAGGUGGGCUAACAAAAAUUCAAGCAAUAAGGGUUUUCUUUAAAGAAAAUUAGUAAUUUGAUUCAUUCUAUAUUUCAGUAUACGUGGAUUUGAAAUAUUUUACAAAUUAAAAGCAGGAGAUCUUUUAAAAGCUGGUCACAAUGUUCCAAAAUCUAAAAAAGAACUAUAGAAUGUCUUAUUAGAAAUAGGACCUGAUGAUUACGUAAGUGAAAUUUUUGGUGCAUAUUAAUCUGCAAAAAAAAAUAGAAUAAUUAAUAUAACAUUUAUAACUUAUAGAGGCAAAGUUUAAACCUUUGGUGGAAAGGGUGACAAAUCAUUUGGAUUUUGUUAUCCAGGAUCUACAUUUGGGGCAUUUAAAGGAGGGUAAAUUUAUAUAUUUAAUUCAUAUAUAGUUACAAGAAAUCAGUUGAAUGGUUAGAAAUAGAUGUUAUACCAUUGCCUGAAGAUUUCAAAAUAGAAAUGGAAAAAUUAGGAAUAUUAAAAAUUCAAUAAAUAAGCAUAUAGCCUGAGAGAACUUCUUCAAAUACUGGAUAAGGAGGCUCUCUUAUCGUUAUACCAAAAAUACAAGUAGCUAAACCAAUGAUUACUGUUUCUACAAACAAUACACUCUUAGCAAACUAGUAAAAUAAAAAUUUAUAACAAUAACAGCCUUAUUAGAAUGUUUAAUAAUAAUAAUAUCCAUUAUAUCAAUAAUAAUAACAAUAAUAAUAUCCAUAUUAAUAAUAAUAAUAAUAUCCAUAAUAAUAGUAAUAAUAAUAUCCAUAUUAAUAAUAAUAAUAAUAUCCAUAUUAAUAAUAAUAAUAAUAAUAUCCUUAAUAAUAAUAAUAGUAAUAAUAAUAAUAUCCGUAAUAUCCAUAAUAAUAGUAAUAAUAAUAUCCUUUUUAAUAAUAAUAAUAAACACCUUUUUAACAAAAUGUUUACGUUCCAUAUAACUAAUAGCAACCUUAAAAUUAGAAUGGAUAGAAUAAUAAUAGUUAUCCAAAAUAUAAUUGA